AUGUUUUUGGUCGAAAUGGAAAAAGUCAUUAGGGUCAAACUGGAUUUUGGAUUUUCUAUUUAUUCAUCAUCAGGAGGCAAUGAAGAAUUCUGCUGUGAUGAAAAGCAGGUAGCACUGUUGGAUGCACAAAUGACACUGCCGCGACAGUUCCUCGCGCGAUGUCCAAGUUGCUUGAUGAAUUUUGUACAGCUAUGGUGUGACUUCACGUGUUCACCAAACCAGGCGAAUUUUGUACGGGUCAUUUCGUCUACCAAUGAUUUAUAUCUCGUGGAAAACAAAACGCAGUACGUCACAGAAGUUGCAUACUAUGUACGAGACAGUUACGCAGAUGGAUUAUUUCGAUCAUGCAAAGAUGUUCGAGCAAUUGGAACGGACUAUGCGCUUAGUUUUAUGUGCGGCGUCAGCAUUACCGAGUGUGACAUAUCCCGAUGGUUCACUUUUCUGGGUACCUACAACGAGGACAUUGGCGUACCUUUCUAUAUUACUUUCAUUCCUACUCCUCCCUCAAAACCCAUACAAGAAGAACAAGUGAACGUUUCAAAUGCCACAGCAUUUGAUAUUAAUCCACCUACCACACGGGUAUUUCUCUGUUCGGAAGCAGCUCAUUCUAAUGGCUCGCCAUGUUCCUGCCAUGAUUGUCCUGAAUCCUGCAUUGCCGAAUCACCUUUCCCUUUUAUCGCACAGGAAGAAUGUCAGAUCGCAUCCUUUGAUUGUAUGCUAAUUUUAUCACUUUUUGGAUUUGGUGGACUAUGCUUCGCGGUGCUGUUCUUCGCGAUAAUGCACUAUAGUUUGAAAAGAAGCCAGAAUGGCGACUUGAGUGAUUUUAAACCAGCCGGUGGAACCUUAGAUGAUACUGAUUUAGGUACAAUUGAUACAUUAGGAUCAUGGAUCGAGUCGCAGCUUGAAUUGGUUUGCGCUCAUUAUGGACAGCUAUGCGUUAAGCAUCCAUUAGCGGUGUUUAUGUUUGGCACGCUUGUUGCGGUACUUUGCUCAAGCGGUAUGCUUUUCGUCCGUUUCACCACCGAUCCGGUAGAACUCUGGUCAUCCCGGACUAGUAGAGCACGUGCCGAGAAAUACUUUUUCGAUAACGAAUUCGGACCAUUUUAUCGCAUGGAACAGUUGAUUAUGUACCCACGAGAUCAGUCAUUCUGGCCACAUGAAAAUCAGUCAGACAUAUUCGAACUUGGUUUCUAUGGCCCAGCACUACGAAAAACAUUCCUUCAAGAAGUAGCAAAGCUGCAGGAAGCGGUCACAGGUUUGAUAGCACUAACAGAGGACGGCACUCAGGUGACACUCACUGAUGUGUGCUUUAAACCAAUGACACCUGAUAAUCAAAAUUGUGCAAUCAUGACUAUCCUCAAUUAUUUUCAGAACAACAUGACACUUCUAAAUCGAACGAGCGUGGAUGAAUGGAGUGGGUCGCAAUUCGACUAUCUGGAUCAUAUCAUGACCUGUGCCCAGAACCCGUAUCAAACUAUCACUCGGCUUGGCAUCCCUUGCUUAUCUGCAUUUGGUGUACCCAUCCAACCGUACGUAGUAUUGGGUGAAUUCAACAGCAGUAAUCAGUGGGACAGUGCAAGAGGUAUUAUUGUCACUAUUCUACUCAACAAUCAUAUCACCGCUGUGGAAAAUAAAUUUGCCGCUGCAUGGGAAAAAGUAUUUGCCCUUUAUCUUCGAAAUAUUUCGCAUCGAAACUACGCGAUAUCAUUUAUGGCCGAACGUUCCAUUCAGGAUGAAAUAGAUCGAGAAAGUCAAUCGGAUGUCUUCACUAUACUUAUCAGCUAUAUCUUCAUGUUUGCCUAUGUCGCAUUCGCGCUAGGACAGUAUCAGGUAACUGGAAACAAUUUGGCCACUUUACUUGUCCAUUCGAAGAUAAUGCUUGGUGUUGCGGGUGUUAUGAUUGUCGCCUUAUCAGUUACAUCAUCCAUUGGCUUGUAUGCAUUCUAUGGCAUUCCUGCAACGACGAUUGUUCUGGAAGUGCAGCCAUUUCUAGUACUCGCUGUAGGCGUCGACAACAUCUUUAUUUUUGUACACGCCUAUCAGCGAGCCGAAGAACCUCUAACAGAGCCAUUGCAUCUGCGGAUUUCACGUAUAAGCGGUGAAGUGAUACCAUCCAUGCUUCUGUCCUCGCUAUCCGAAUGCUUGUGUUUCUUCGUUGGAGCGCUAUCCUCCAUGCCUGCUGUUAAGGUGUUUUCGUUAUAUGCAGCUUUAGCGUUGUUUUUCAAUUUUUUCCUACAAAUAACCUGUUUCCUUCCAAUAUUCAUCCUUGAUGUUCGACGCGAAGAGAAUGGCAGACCAGAAGUAUGUUGCUGCCGUCGGAUAACAACCGUAGAAAGCGUUAACAAUGAUGGCUAUAUGCUGUUCCUAUUCAGUAACUACUACGCUCCAUUUCUGUUAUCGAAAUAUAUUCGAAUCAUUGUGAUAUUUUUGUUUGCUGGCUGGUUGAGUAGUUCGUUCGCAGUUAUGGGCAACAUUCCGCUUGGUUUUGAUCAAAAGAUGGCAGUUCCUGAGGACUCAUAUGUUUUUUCUUAUUUCAAAUCGAUGGAUCGAUUUCUCUCAGUCGGUCCACCAGUGUAUUUUGUCAUCAAAGGUGAUAUAGAAUUCAGUGACCCUUAUGAACAUAAUAAAAUUUGCUCUGGUGCCGGUUGUGCCACCGAUUCAUUGGGUGCUCAAAUUGCCCAUGCGGCACGAUGGUCAAAUAGGUCUUAUAUAGCUUAUCCGGCAAUGAAUUGGCUCGACGAUUACUUUGACUGGUUACAACCCUUGGGUGAUCCACCAUGUUGUCGGAUGUUCCUUAAUGAAACGUUUUGCUCUUCCACUGUUUCAGAGAAUUCAGAAAAUUGCACUCCAUGUAACGUGGAAUUUCUCAAUGGUAGGCCUCGCUCAGAUCUGUUUUACAACCAUCUCACGCACUUCUUUUCUAAUAAUCCAAGUACCAAAUGUGCCAAAGGAGGUCAUGCAGCAUACGGUUCGGCCGUUAAAUUAUCCAAGCGUGGCCGGAUCUUAUCGUCGCAUUUCAUGACUUAUCAUACGGUAUUGAAAACUUCUUCAGACUUCAUAAAUGCCAUGACUAGUGCUCGCCGUAUUGCUGCCAAUAUUACAACUAUGUUAAACAAAGACAGGGAUGGACGAUGUCCUAUAGAAGUAUUCCCGUACAGCAUAUUUUACGUUUUCUAUGAACAAUAUAUGACAAUAGUAAUAGAUGCGUGUAUCCAACUGGCAUUAUCCUUAAUAGCCAUAUUUGCGGUCACAACAGUACUUCUGGGCCUUGAUCCAUGGUCAGCAUUUAUCAUUGAUCUUACAAUAAGUUGUGUUCUGUUCAACUUAAUUGGCCUCAUGUAUUGGUGGAGUAUUGAUUUCAAUGCUGUUUCUGUUGUCAACCUCGUCAUGACGGUGGGAAUAUCAGUGGAAUUUUGUGCGCACAUCGUUCGAUCAUUUGCGUUAAGUGUUCAUCGGGAUCGCCUGAUGCGUGCCCGGCAUUCUCUCGCAAGUAUGGGAUCAUCGGUUCUUUCCGGCAUAACACUGACAAAGUUUGGUGGGAUAUUAGUUCUCGCAUUUGCACAUUCCCAAAUUUUCAAAGUAUUUUACUUCCGUAUGUUCCUUGGCAUUGUACUUAUUGGAGCAGCACACGGUCUCAUAUUUCUACCCGUUUUACUCAGUUACAUCGGACCUCCGAUGAACAAGCGCAAGCUGAUCAUGAAGGCACGGUCGGAAAGUUGCUGUAUAAAUGAUUGCGGUGGUACAGUAAUGAAAACAUGCCUAACAAAACACUGUGAUCCUUCACCACCUACGGAUGUCUUUUAG